CGUGGUUGCCCGUGAAUUGCUUUUAAAGUCUUCCCUCACUCCCUCUUUUUCCUCUCAUUUUCCCCACGCAUCUCUUCACCACUUCCUCCAUAAAGCAUUCCACCACCACCACCCCCGCCUCCGCCACCGCCGUCGCCACCAGGGUUCAUUUGUUUCCUAUUAUCCAUAACUCCCAUUAUCGAUCUCUUCUCGCAUUUUCCCAAGGCAAAAAACCAAGAAGCUUAGUAUAUUCAAGAGAAUUAUAUUAAUGGCUUCGUUGAUCUCAAGCCUCGAGUCGCAGGAAUUCAACCAGAGGAAGAAGCGAAGAAAACUCACUCACCAAGCGGAGGAUCACGCUCAAAAUGACAAUACGAACAAUCGAAUUAUCGUAAAACCAAGGUGGAAAACCCAAGCAGAGCAGCAGAUCUAUUCCUCCAAGCUUCUCGAAGCUCUCCGCCGAUCUCGCCAGACCUCCUCGACGGCGGCAGUGAAAGGUAGAGAAAUCAGAGAAACUGCCGACAGACUCCUCGCCGUCACUGCAAAAGGCAAGACUCGGUGGAGCCGCGCGAUUCUGGCGGGAAGGCUCAGGAUGAGGAAGGUUAAAAAGGCUAGGAAAGUGAAGGUAACAGGUGAGAACCGGUUGAGGAAGAAGGAGAUGGCGAAGGAGAGCAGUAGGUUACCGGUUGUGGAGGACAGAGUUCGUGUUUUGAGCCGGUUGGUUCCCGGUUGUCAGAAGACAUCGUUUACUAAUCUUUUAGAGGAAGCGGGUGAUUAUAUCGCUGCUUUGGAGAUGCAGGUCAAAGCCAUGACGGCUCUCACAGAGAUUCUCGCCGCCGGUGGGGUCGCUCCGGUUAGGCCCACAAGCUAAGUGAAUAGCGAAUCACAAAUUGUUAGUUAUGCCAGGGAGCUGGAACUCAACUGGGAAUGGAGAGGAGUAGGUAUGCUUGGAGGUCUCAUCCACAGUCAGAGAUCCAAUUACUUUGUUGGUAAAAUAAAUGUUUAUUAAUUAUUAAAUUUACACAUUGAAAUUCACCAAUUUGAAGGUUUUACUUGUAUUAUUAUUAGACAAAAUUGUUGUGGCAGUUGUUUUAAGAUAUUUGAGAGAUAUGGAAGGCAGAAAUAUAAAAAGUAUAUGUAUAGUUCCAAAAGCAGUCUAGUCCCUAGUGAGACCAACACGCCCUCAUGUCAUGUGGCUUAAUGGCCCUACUUUCAACUCUUUCCACCUCUCUCCCAUCCACUAAAUAAAACCCUAGCCUUCACAUGCCUCUCCCUUUUCUUUCUAGCGUUUGCUUAUACAUGCUAUAUCUACGAUUAAAUAGGUGUACAUAUAUAUAUACAUAUAAAAAAUUUUCAUUAAUCAUAAACAAACCACCAUUGAAAUUUUGAGUUUAUUUUUAA